AUGGGCAGCCGCCUCCGGCCCCCGCCGGUCGAGCCCUUCCUCCUGCUGCGGCUGGGAGGGCAGCCGCCUACUGGGCCCCCGCCGGUCGGGAGCUCUCCUCCUGCUCGCUGGGAUGGGCAGCCUCCGGCCCCCGCCGGUCGAGCUCUUCCUCCUGCUUCGGCUGGGAUGGGCAGCCGCCUCCGGCCCCCGCCAGGUCGAGCCUCCCCUUUCCCUCCUGCUUCGGCUGGGAUGUCAGCCGCCUCCGGGCCCCCGCCGGUCAGAGGCCCUUCCUACCUGCCUUCAGGGCUGGGUAAUUGGGCCCCAGCCGGCCUUCGGCCCCCGCCGGUCAGCCCUUCCUCCUUGCUUCGGCUUGGGAUGGGCAGCCGCCUUCCGGCCCCGCGGUCCCCCGAGCCUUCCUUCCUGGCUUCGGCUGGGAUGGGCAGCCGGGCCCUUCCGGGCCCCCGCCGGUCGAGCCCCUUCCUCCUGCUUUCGGCUGGGAAUGGGCAGCCGCCUCGGCCCCGCCGCCGGUCCCCGAGGCCCUUCCUCCUGGCUUUCGGCUGGGAUGGGCUAGCCGCCUUUCGGCCCCCGCCGGUCGAGCCCUUUCCUCCUUGCUUUUCGGCUGGGAUGGAGGGCAGCCGCCUCCGGCCCCCGCCGGUCGAGCCCUUCCUCCUGCCGGGCUUUCGGGGGAGUGGGGCAGCCGCCUCCGGCCCCCGCCCAUUACGGUUGAGGCCUUCCUCCUUGUUCGGCUGGAUGGCAGCCGCCUCCGGCCCCGCCGGUUCGGGAGGCCCUUCCUCCUGCUUCGGCUGGGGAUUAUGGGCAGCCGGCCUUCCAGGGCCCCCGCCGGUUCCCCGAGACCUCCUCCUGGCUUCGGGUCGAAGCCCUUUCCUUUGCUUGGCUUUAGGUUGGGAUGGGCAAGCCGCCUCGGUCCCCGCCGUCGGGAGCCCCCCCUGUCUCCCCGGCCUGGGAUUGGGCAGCCCACCCGCCAGCCUUCCCUUUCCUGCCUUCGCCUGGGAUGGGCAGCCGCCGCCGGACCCCGGCGGAGCCCCUGGCCUCGGCCAGUGGGGCAGCCGCCUUCCGGCCCAUUGCCAGUCGAGCCCUUCCCUUCUUGCCUUCAAGCCGGGUAUGGGGGCAGUGCCUCCGGCCUCCGGCCCCACCUGGUUCACCGAAAGAAGCGGAAGGACUCUACAGGCGUGGACUGAAUGGCUGGCCCUCCCCGUCAAGGCAGGCGAUUGGACUCUACCGGCGCGGACCGAAUGGCUGGCGCUCCCCGCAGAGGCAGGCGGACAGACUCUACCGGACGCCAGUCGAGCCUUUUCUCCUUCAUCGGCUGGGAUGGGCAGCCGCCUCCGGGCCCUGCCGGUCGAGCCCUUCCUCCUGCUUUGGCUGGGAUGGGCAGCCACCUCCGGCCACCGCCAGUCGAGCCAUUCCUCUUGCUACGGCUGGGAUGGGCAGCCGCCUCUGGCCCUUGCUGCUCGAGCCCUUCCUCCUGUUUCGGCUGGGAUUGGCAGCUGCCUCCGGCCCCUGCCAGUCGAGCCCUUCCUCCUGCUUUGGCUGGGAUGGGCAGCCGCCUCUGACCCCCGCCGGUCGAGCCCUUCCUCCUGCUUCGGCUGGGAUGGGCAGCCGCCUCCGGACCCCGCCGGUCGAGCCCUUCCUGCUGCUUCGGCUGGGAUGGGCAACCGCCUCCGGACCCCGCCGGUCGAGCCCUUCCUCCUGCUUCGGCUGGGAUGGGCAGCCGCCUCCGGACCCCGCCGGUUGAGCCCUUCCUGCUGCUUCGGCUGGGAUGGGCAGCCGCCUCCGGCCAUUGCCGGUGGAGCCCUUCCUCCUGCUUCAGCCAGGAUGGGCAGCCGCCUCCGGCCCCCACCGGUCACCGAGAGAGGCGGACGGACUCUACUGGCGUGGAUUGAAUGGCUGGCUCUCCCCGCCAAGGCAGGCAGGCGGAGUCUAUAG